AUGGCGACGGCGGAGGAGGUCGGCAAUGGACUGGAGUUCUUAUCAGAUCUGGUGGAUAGGUUCCCCUUGCUGGAUCUUGCAUCAACCGAUUUCAACUCAGCAGGUGAGCCAGAUACUUGUUUUACACAGUCAGCUGUUGAAUCGAGCAUGGGAGAUAUUGGCGAUGCGCCGCUUACAAUCCAGGUCGCCGAGAACAACGGCUGUGAGGAACUGAGCUUGUCGGCGGCCGAUUCACAACAAUCAACAGGAAAAGAUGACCGUCAGGCCCCCGGGUGGACAAAAAGGGGUUCAUAUUGGGCGAGCCCCUCUGGAAGAGUAUGUGCCCUUGAGAAAACAUUAAGAGGAUAUGCGGAAAAGAGAACAGAUACCGUUCUAGUACCAGCUGUUGGAUACAACUUCGGUUCAUUGGGAGAGGCGUACGACUCCUAUAACCUAUAUUCGUGGGAAAUUGGGUUGGGAAUAAGAUACGGAAAAAGUAGGCUCAACGUCGAGAGAACCAAAUGCAUGCAAGAGAUAGUAUGUGGAUGCUCCCAAGCUGCCCCAUGCACAUAUGAAGGCAAUAUAUGA